CUUUUCUCCUCAUCUUCCUCAAUCAUUACAACAUUCGCUUCUUUCUUUCCUUCUUUCUUUCUCCUGUUUCUUCAACAUUCUAUAUAUGAAGAAUUAAGGUUUCAAUUUCUCUUUGUUGUAUAUUAUUCUACCAGCUUUGUAAAACACGGCUUUUGGAUAUCUAAUACUAUCCCCCGCAUCUCUAUCUUAUUUCUACUGAAGUUUGUCUAAUAUACAGGUAAUUUGUUCAUUGGAUUUCACGGAUUUUCUUCACACACACACACACAGACAGAGAGUUGCAAUAUCAGUGUGUUUAUUGUGCGAGUAUGUUUCCUGAAUGCAGGUAUUAUUAACAACCGGCAGUUCCAGAUGGCUGCAAGAGCAAGAGAUACUGCUCCUGGAAAGGAGAAGAGGGGAACAUCCCCUUCACAUAUCUCCAACACUGCAACCACACAGCGCAGGAGAAGUCCUAAUCCUUCCAAGACCAACUCUCCGGCUCGAACCCACAACUCAACGUCUCCAUCAGACAAACACAUUCCAAAUUAUCUCAGGCCGACGGUGUCUUCAAGUCCUGAUGUUUCCAAGUCACACGGCAAGAAACCGGUUUCCACUGCUGAAGCUGCCAACAAGCCUAAUCUUGCAAGAAGAAGAUCCUUUGACAAGCCUCCAUCGCCCUCUCGCACGAUGACCUCACGUAUUUCGCCAAAUCCCAGAGUCUCACGUGUUUCGCCAAAUCCCACUCUUCGAUCUUCCUCGUUUUCAGGGAAAAGUGUUACUCCGGUGAAAGGGGUUGCAGAUAAGAGUUUGAGAACAGCAAAGGAUGCUGGAAAACAGCCUUCCUUAUAUGCUAGAGCUGUCAAUACUGUGAAGAAGAGCAGCACCGGUGGCAUCAAGAAGCAAGACGGCAGAACUGCUGCUCCGAUUACAAAGGACAAAGUCAUUAGCCCUCCUCAGGAAGUCGAGAAUCCCCAUACACCUGAUGUUCCAGAACCAGAAAUGCAGUACCGGUAUCAAGAAAUGCCCCUUGCUGAAGCUGAAGAACAGACAGUUGAAACUGCAAGCAAUUAUGAAAAGGGAGCCAAGGAUUCACUGCUGGAAGAUCAAGAAGAUGGUGCUAAAGACUCCCCGCUGGAAGAUCAAGAACCAGUAGAUUUCAAGCAAACGGAAUAUGAAAGCAGCGAUGAGGAUGCCAAGAUUGUGACAGUUGAGUCUUCUACAAUUCCGGAAAAGCAGGAUGCAGAGGUUGUGAUUGUCGAGUCUUAUGCAAUUCCAGGAGAGGAAGACGCCAACGUUGUGAAAGUUGAGUUUUCUGAAGUUCCAGAAAACCAGGAUGCCCCUCUUGGUGUGAUGAUGGAAGAACCUGAUGACGAUUCAGACAUCAAAGAAAUAAGCAGCCCGCAACAAGAACUGAAAGAACAGGGUACCAACGAAAUAAAUAACAUUAACAGCGAUGAAAGUGUUGCAGGUGCUCCUAACGAGGACGUGGAAGAGGAGGAAAGAAAAGAAGAAGAAGAAGAAGAAGCAAUGUUAUCGAAUGAGAAUGAAGAAGUGGCCAUUGGAAGUGAAGCUCACGAGCCUAAGGAAACAGAACUGAAAGAAAUAGUGGUGGAAGUGAAUCGUGAAGCAGAGAAUGCAACACCAAAAUCUCAAAAGAAUUCGCCAGUUUCCAACGAUGUGAUCGAGGAGACAGCCAACAAGCUCCGUGAACAGAGGAAAAACAAGGUGAAAGCACUUGCCGGAGCCUUUGAAACUGUCAUAUCCUUGCAGGAGAAGUGAUAGCAUGUUUCAUACUUCGUUUUCACAAAUGUAAGAAAAGAAAGAAAAGACUUCUACUGAUCAUCCUAAUCAUGAAUGACAACAUUGUUGAUACAUUAAUUCUCCUACAAACUUCAAAGAAUAUAUGAUAUGGUAAAUACAUAUGUUUGCUUCA